ACUCCGGGCGGAAGUCCCGCGAGCGUCGUGGCCGUGGCGGGCCGGUGUAUUCGCGCAGCGUACGCGACCGCGUGGGCCAUGGGGCGGCGGGCACGGGGACGGAGGCUCCAGCAGCAGCAGCAGCAGCAGCAGCAGCAGCAGCAGUGUCCCGAGGGUGCGGUAGAUGGAGCCGAGGGCGGCGGGAAACGCAGCCAGGCGGGUUGGGAAGGGGGAUACCCCGAGAUUGUCAAGGAGAACAAGCUGUUCGAGCACUACUAUCAGGAGCUGAAGAUCGUACCCGAGGGCGAGUGGGACCAGUUCAUGGACGCGCUCCGGGAGCCCCUCCCGGCCACGCUGAGAAUUACUGGUUACAAGAGCCAUGCAAAAGAGAUUCUCCAUUGCUUGAAGAACAAGUAUUUUAAGGAAUUGGAGGACUUGGAGGUGGAUGGUCAGAAAGUUGAAGUUCCACAGCCACUAAGUUGGUAUCCUGAAGAACUUGCCUGGCACACAAAUUUAAGUCGAAAAAUCUUGAGAAAGUCUCCACAGUUGGAACGGUUUCAUCAGUUCCUGGUUAGCGAAACUGAAUCUGGAAAUAUCAGUCGUCAGGAGGCUGUCAGCAUGAUACCACCCCUGCUGCUGGACGUUCAGCCGCAUCACAAGAUCUUAGAUAUGUGUGCAGCACCUGGAUCGAAGACCACGCAGUUGAUUGAGAUGCUUCAUGCUGACAUGAAUGUCCCCUUCCCAGAGGGAUUUGUUAUCGCUAAUGAUGUGGACAACAAGCGCUGCUAUCUGCUCGUUCAUCAAGCCAAAAGGUUGAGCAGUCCCUGCAUCAUGGUGGUAAACCAUGAUGCAUCCAGCAUUCCUAGACUCACAAUAGAUGUGGACGGAAGGAAAGAGAUUCUCUUCUAUGAUCGAAUUUUAUGUGAUGUCCCUUGCAGUGGAGAUGGCACUAUGAGAAAAAACAUUGAUGUUUGGAAGAAGUGGUCCACCUUAAACAGCUUGCAGCUGCAUGGCUUACAGCUACGGAUUGCAACUCGAGGUGCUGAGCAGCUGGCAGAAGGUGGGAGGAUGGUGUACUCCACUUGUUCACUGAACCCCAUCGAGGACGAAGCAGUCAUAGCCUCUUUGCUGGAGAAGAGUGAAGGUGCUCUAGAGCUUGCUGAUGUAUCUGGUGAAUUGCCAGGAUUGAAGUGGAUGCCUGGAGUCACACAGUGGAAGGUCAUGACAAGAGAUGGGCAGUGGUUUGCUGACUGGGACGAUGUUCCCCACAGCAGGCAUACCCAAAUCCGACCCACCAUGUUCCCACCAAAAGACCUAGAAAAGUUAGAGGAAAUGCACCUAGAGCGAUGCCUUAGAAUAUUGCCCCAUCAUCAGAAUACUGGAGGGUUUUUUGUGGCAGUAUUAGUCAAAAAAUCUUCAAUGCCAUGGAAUAAACGUCAACCAAAGGUGCAGGGCAGAUCUGCAGAGACCAGAGAAAUCACAACACCCAGCCCUGCAGCUCCCGUACAAGAGAGACCCAUAGACUCCUGCGAGGUGGAAAGUCAGUCAGUCACCGGAACUGGUGACACAGAAAUCACUCAGACAACUGAGAGCCUAGAGAAUAAUGAAAAUAAGAAAGAUGGCGUGUGUGGUCCUCCUCCAUCAAAGAAAAUGAAGUUAUUUGGAUUUAAAGAAGAUCCGUUUGUAUUUAUUCCUGAAGAUGAUCCAUUGUUUCCACCUAUUGAGAAGUUUUAUGCUUUGGAUCCUUCAUUCCCAAGGAUGAAUUUGUUAACUCGAACCACAGAAGGGAAGAAAAGGCAGCUCUACAUGGUUUCUAAGGAGCUGCGGAACGUGCUGCUAAACAACAGCGAGAGGAUGAAGGUUAUUAACACGGGGAUAAAAGUUUGGUGUCGAAAUAACAGUGGUGAAGACUUCGAUUGUGCUUUCCGAUUGGCACAGGAGGGAAUAUAUACAUUGUAUCCAUUCAUUAAUUCAAGAAUUAUUACUGUAUCCAUGGAAGAUGUGAAGAUACUGUUGACCCAGGAAAACCCGUUUUUUAGAAAACUCAGCAGUGAUACGUACAGUCAAGCCAAGGACCUGGUGAAGGGAAGUGUCGUGCUGAAGUAUGAACCAGAUUCCUCGAAUCCAGAUGCUCUUCAGUGUCCCAUUGUGCUGUGUGGAUGGCGGGGAAAGGCCUCCAUUCGAACUUUUGUGCCCAAGAAUGAGCGGCUUCAUUACUUGAGGAUGAUGGGGCUGGAGGUGUUGGGAGAGAAGAAGAAAGAAGGGGUCAUUCUUACCAAUGAGAGCAAGGUUGGUUCUGCACAGCGAGAGGACCAGGAGAGUACUGAGCCAAGAGCAGAAGAGGCUGAAAUCCUGGAUACCACCCCAGGCUGUGACCCAACUGCAGCCGAGCCACCCCGGUGAGGACACCUCUCACUAAACCGGCCCCCGCUGGCCCUUGAUGUCAGAAGCCAAAUUCAGAACCUCCUGAGCUGUAAAGUAUAUAUUUUUAAAGCAACAGACUUUCACCAUAACAUUGUCCUUCUGUCAGGAAAGAAUGCUGUCCUUGCAGAAAGUUCAGAUCCGUUUGUUCUGUAUUAAUCUCAAGGUCCAGUCUUUUUAAAAUAAUUAUUUAAAGGACAACUCCUUAUGAAGUCUUAGGGAACUGUACUGUAAGCUUUAAGAAUGAUUUUGAAUUGCAAGUUGGCUUUGCAGCAGUAACGAGUAGUGGAGUUGACAUGUGAGGCCUCAAGUGCCUUUUGAAUAAAGGGUGAAAUAAACUUUCUGAGUAUGAGUUCUGUUGGGAAUUGUGAUGGGGGGCUUUGAUGUGCUUUUUUAUGCAGGGGGUGUUGCUCAGUGUUUAUUUUUAAAUGGGGUCAAGGAUCCUCAGAAUGAUUAAAUAAAGAGCAGUUAAUGAUAUAUGUAUGCAUGUGAUUCUUGCUUUUGGUCUUGUGAAGCAGAAAGAAGAAAUAUGUUUGUAAAUGGACAUGGUAGAACCAAAGCCCUCUUGUCCUUGCCAGUAAAAGGAAUUGUAGAGAGGCUUCUUGCUGUCCAUUUGUCAGCCAGUAUCGUGGACAGCUGGUGAGGCUCUUCCCUUCCACAGCACGCUAGGACAGGUGUGAUGAGGUUGUGGCUCUGGCAGAGAAUCUGUAGUUGGUGCGGCCAGGCCCGUGCAUGUACAAAUCGAAUAUGGGUGGCAGUGAUGCAGCUUAUUAAGACAGGUGAUUUUAGAAGUGCAGUAGAGUGGGGUGCUGAGGCUCUGAGUCCUGUGGCCUGGUUUCAGCAGUUACUAGCUGUCCACCUUGAGCCCUA